AGGCUGAGACCGGCGCGCGGCGCGCUAGUGGCCGCUCUUCCGCGGGCUAGCGGGCGGUGGGGGCGCCAGCAGCGCGGAAGGCGGGCACGCGGGCCAUGGCUCCCUGGGCGGAGGCCGAGCACUCGGCGCUGAACCCGCUGCGCGCGGUGUGGCUCACGCUGACCGCCGCCUUCCUGCUGACCCUACUGCUGCAGCUCCUGCCGCCCGGCCUGCUCCCGGGCUGCGCGAUCUUCCAGGACCUGAUCCGCUAUGGGAAAACCAAGUGUGGGGAGCCGUCGCGCCCCGCCGCCUGCCGAGCCUUUGAUGUCCCCAAGAGGUUUUCACUCUUGUUGCCCAGGCCGGAGUGCAAUGGCGCAAUAUCGGCACACUGCAACCUCCACCUCCCGGGUUCAAGCGAUUCUCCUGCCUAAGCCCCCCAGCAGCAGGGAACACAGAUAUUUUUCCCACUUUUAUAUCAUCUCAGUGCUGUGGAAUGGCUUCCUGCUUUGGUGCCUUACUCAAUCUCUGUUCCUGGGAGCACCUUUUCCAAGCUGGCUUCAUGGUUUGCUCAGAAUUCUCGGGGCGGCACAGUUCCAGGGAGGGGAGCUGGCACUGUCUGCAUUCUUAGUGCUAGUAUUUCUGUGGCUGCACAGCUUACGAAGACUCUUCGAGUGCCUCUACGUCAGUGUCUUCUCCAAUGUCAUGAUUCACGUCGUGCAGUACUGUUUUGGACUUGUCUAUUAUGUCCUUGUUGGCCUAACUGUGCUGAGCCAAGUGCCAAUGGAUGGCAGGAAUGCCUACAUAACAGGGAAAAAUCUAUUGAUGCAAGCACGGUGGUUCCAUAUUCUUGGGAUGAUGAUGUUCAUCUGGUCAUCUGCCCAUCAGUAUAAGUGCCAUGUUAUUCUCGGCAAUCUCAGGAAAAAUAAAGCAGGAGUGGUCAUUCACUGUAACCACAGGAUCCCAUUUGGAGACUGGUUUGAAUAUGUUUCUUCCCCUAACUACUUAGCAGAGCUGAUGAUCUACGUUUCCAUGGCUGUCACCUUUGGGUUCCACAACUUAACUUGGUGGCUAGUGGUGACAAAUGUCUUCUUUAAUCAGGCCCUGUCUGCCUUUCUCAGCCACCAAUUCUACAAAAGCAAAUUUGUCUCUUACCCGAAGCAUAGGAAAGCUUUCCUACCAUUUUUGUUUUAAGUUAACCUCAGUCAUGAAGAAUGCAAACCAGGUGAUGGUUUCAAUGCCUAAGGACAGUGAAGUCUGGAGCCCAAAGUACAGUUUCAGCAAAGCUGUUUGAAACUCUCCGUUCCAUUUCUAUACCCCACAAGUUUUCACUGAAUGAGCAUGGCAGUGCCACUCAAGAAAAUGAAUCUCCAAAGUAUCUUCAAAGAAUAAAUACUAAUGGCAGA